CCAUUUAUUUUGAGACCAUCAACAUGUGCGAUGUCUAACUUUCUAAAAUUAAAAGUAAAGUUUGCUGUGUCUAGCAAGUAUGAAGCUUUCUACACAGGAGGCAAAGUUGAGUUUUCCAAAGAUGGCGAACAUGUGUUUUGUUGUUGUGGUAACCAAGUGAAAAUACUUGAAGUUAGUACGGGGAAAGUCUUCCAAACAAUUGGACAGGAUGAUGAUGAAGAAGUGACAUGUUUCUCCGCUAGUCCCGAUGGAGAGAAUCUUGUCGUAGCACACCGCCAUCUGGUGUUGAAACAGUGGGACUGGAAACAGAAUGUUAGCGUCAAAUCGUGGAAGGCUAUUCAUACAACACCUAUAUCCAGUAUGGCAUUUGAUGAUACAAGUACCUUACUAGCAACUGGGGGCUCUGACUCAAGUAUUAAAAUAUUUGAUAUCAUCAAACAAUACUGUACUCACAAUCUUCGAGGUCACACUGGAGUAGUCAACAUUGUGGCAUUCAAGCCUCGUGAUCCAACAGUCCUAAUUUCUGGAGCAGAGGAUUACAAGAUCCGUGUGUGGGACUUGAUGACGAGUACCUGUCAGGCAGUGCUGGAUAAACACUAUAGUGUCAUCACAAGCUUUAGCUUUACACCAGGCGGAGAUACAAUGCUCAGCUCUGGCCGAGACAGUGUUGUGAUAGUUUGGGAUAUGAAAACACAAGAACACAAGAAGACCAUUCCAGUAUUUGAGUCAGUGGAAUCUAUAAAUGUGAUCCCUAAAGGAACAUGUUUCCCGUCACUCACGGCUGAGGAAGAUCUGUGUUUCCUCACUGCAGGCAGUAAAGGAAUUGUGCAAUUAUGGAGUGCUACAUCAGGCAAGUGUCUUCUCAGCCAGGAGGACAGUAUUGUAAGUCAGGCCACUGACCCAGAGAGGCAGGAUGACCAAGACAUGAGGAUUACACAUGCAAUGAGGGUCCCUAGUUUAGAUGCAUUGGCUGUUGUCACCUUUGAUCAUAAUAUCAUCCUUUAUAACAUAGAGGAGCUGACAUUGAAGAAACAAUUUGUUGGCUACAAUGAUGAAGUCCUUGAUGUCAAGUUCCUAGGUGAACAGGAGAGCCAUCUAGUGGUGGCCACAAACAGUCCUCUGAUAAAGAUAUUCAACCGUGAGACAUGGGGCUGUCAGAUUAUUCAGGGGCACACAGAUAUAGUGCUUUCUAUUGAUGUAUUCAAGAAAGGCAACUUCUUUGCUAGCUGUUCUAAAGACAAUACAAUCAGACUGUGGAAGUUCUCCAGUGAGACAGAGUCAGUGAGUUGUGUUGCUGUUGGAAGAGGUCAUACACAUGCUGUGGGGUCUGUUGCACUUCCUAAGUUGAACCUUCAGUACAUAGUCAGUGGCAGUGAGGACUGCACUUUGAAGCUAUGGCCAGUUUCUAGUGACCUAUCUGAGGAUGAAAUCACUGCAUUGAGCACCACAGUAACUGAGAAGGCUCAUGAGAAAGACAUCAACUCUAUUGCGGUAGCCCCCAAUGAUAAGAUCAUUGCAACUGGUUCACAAGAUAAAACUGCUAAGUUGUGGAAUGCUGCAAACCUUUCUCUGCUAGGAGUGUUACGGGGGCAUCGUCGAGGUAUAUGGUGUGUGCAGUUCUCUCCCGUAGAUCAGUGUGUGGCUACAUCCUCAGCAGAUGGUAACAUAAAGAUCUGGGCUCUAUCGGACUAUACCUGUGUAAAAACAUUCGAGGGCCACGAUGCUUCCAUUCUUAAGGUCACUUUCAUCACUCGAGGGAUGCAACUUCUUUCAAGUGGAUCUGACGGCCUGGUAAAGCUAUGGACAAUAAAGAACAAUGAAUGUGUUAAAACAUUUGACGAGCAUUCCGAUAAAGUCUGGGCUUUGACCAGUAGUGCUACAGAAGAUGUCAUAGUCACAGGGGCAGCAGAUUCAAAUAUCCUUAUAUGGCGUGAUGUCACGCAGGAAGAAAUUGAUGAGACUACAGCUGCUCAGAAUGAUAUUAUUCUUAA